GCAACUAUCGCCGGGCCCCAGCUGGACGCCCUCCGCUCCCUCUGCUGCAAAACACCGCCAGAGAGGUGUCAUGGGUUUUAAGAAGUUCUCCCCCUUCCUGGCUCUCAGCAUCUUGGUCCUGUACCAGGCUGGCAGUCUCCAUGCAGUACCAUUAAGAUCAGCCUUGGAGAGCAGCCCAGACCCCACCACCCUGAGUGAGGAGGAAGUGCGCCUCCUGCUGUCUGCACUAGUGCAGGACUAUGUGCAGAUGAAGGCCAAGGAGCUGACACAGGAGCAGAAACAAGAGGCAGAGAACUCCAGCCCGGACAGCCCCAGAACUAAGCGGUGUGGGAAUCUGAGUACCUGCACGCUGAGCACGUACACACAGGACCUCCACAAGUUGCACACAUUCCCCCAAACUUCAAUUGGGGUUGGAGCACCUGGCAAGAAAAGGAAUGUGGCCAACGACUUGGAGACAGACCACCACCCUCAUGUUGACAUGCCCCAGGAUACCAACUAAGCUACCCCUCUUCUUUCUGGUUUCCUUUCUUGCUUCCUUCCUAUAACUUGAUGCAUGUGGUUCCUCUCUGGCUGCUUUUUAGGCUGUUAUUGGUGGCUUUUCUGUGACAGAGGAUGUCUGGAACCUCAGAUGGUCAAAGAGAGGAGAACUCACAGGUCCAAAAGAAUCGUCCAGGAAGAUAUUGGACAGCAUGGGAGCCCUCUGAGGUUCCUGGGGAUUUCAUAGCAGAGCUUCUUGGUCCUCCUUCUCAAUGUGCUGGUCAU